CACGAGAGUCGGCAAGGACCCGAGGGGGCCAGCGCGAACAAAAAGCUCACAUCGCCGGCGCGGUUUGGACGCACGGUCGAUCACACACGUUCGUAGAAACAUCGCGAACGCGUAACUGAAGGUCGCCUCUCGCGCGGUGCGGCGAGAGCGGACGAGACGACACCGAAAGAAAAGCGGGAAUUCCCGUAGACUAUUUAGGGUUCCUCAGAGGGAGAGAUGACGACGACGAGGGUGUUCCGGGGCGAGGGCGAUCUCAUGGUCGACGCCCUGAUUGCGGCUUCACAAGCGAAGCCGAGCGAUAAUGGCCCGCAGAUGCCCGGCUUUGGCCGGGAUCUGGUGCCCUUCUUCGACACCGACGGGAACGAGAACACGUACGGGUUGGCAAGCGGGACCCCGCCUCAGGGGCCCGAGUUCACGUACGAGUACCAGCAACCGGUCAUGGCGCAGCAGAACGCGAACGGCGGGGGUAAGAAGUCCAAGAAGAAGCCUCCUCAGCCCGCGCAGGCGCAGAAGAAGGUGCCCGCGCCCAAGGCGGUGCUCCAGAGGGGGCAGCAACUCCCGGUGCCCCUCGCCAACGGCCAGCCCAAGGCUGACAAGAAGGCGAGACCCGCCAGCGGCAACGCCAAGCCCGGGGAGAAGGACGUGCCUAACAGGUGGGCCGGCCCAGCCUUUGGCAACUCACCCGCGCCGAACGCUCUCCCGGUGCCCACCUUCAUGGGUGGCGCGGCGCCGGCGCCGCUGUCUUCGAGCCCGCCAAAGGAUGCGGGUGACGCCAUCAUGCAGAUGCUCGGGCAGUCACCGCCGGUCCGCGCGGAAGUGCCUCCGGUGCACGCGGCAUCCGCCCCCGACCUCAUGGCCAUGCUCAAGAUCCCCAAGCAGCCCGAAAACGGUGCCACUGUUUUGCCCGCCCCAGUCAGGCCCGCGCCGCUGGCGCACAAGACGGGAUCUUCGCCGCAGCUGCUCACGCCCGAGCUUCUCGCCGCGAUGGUCGCCAAGCCGAACGGAGGCAAGACGCCCGCGCAGGUGCAGAGCGAACGAAGCUCGAGGCUGAUGUCUAUGCAAUCCAGGCACGCCGCACCGGCUCCGCCACCUGCUCCCCCUGCCGCUGCGCAGGGAGACUUUUCAAGCUUUCUGAUGGCCAAGCUCUCUGCCUAAGCACCCACGGCAAGACCAAGUUUUCCACUCCGAUAUCUUCCGCCAUACGCAUGUCCCACGGCACGCGGCGGUGUAUAUAUUCCUGUACGACUAUUGAGCACACCCUCAUGUCUCUCACGAACUGAGGAGACGCAAGCUAGUGGCGGCUACCGCAAUGUUUGCGACCCGUCACGCUUACCCGCAGGAGCGGCAAGGACUGCGAUCAUCAAGGAUCUCCCGGCCUAAUUUUUAAUGGUCGCGGGAGCAUCCGACAGCAUCCUAUACCGCUUCUCGUUCGCGCCGAAAAGGCGCUCGUGCGACCUCAAGGGACGACUUUUAUAGUCCUGGUUGCACCCACCAAUAGUGAACACGGGCUCUUUUUUUUGACGAGCCCGAGUUUGCGCCCACAUCAAGGUACAUAUUUCGAGGUUCCAGGACCUCCACUGAAUCAUAAGAGAGCGGCGCAUCACGACCAUAGCCUCUCCACGUCAUCCAGACGAUUUCAAUAUGAUGAUGAAAGAUCUCUGCAUUUCA